AUGGCAGACAAUACUGGCUUCCUGCCCGAUGGAUACAGAUGCGGCCCAGUGAGGACAGUCCUGUAUCCUACAAGGAAUCGGCCACCAGUUGAGGAAGAAGAAAUCCCCGUGCGGGCCAUAGCUCACUUGGCUUUGGGACAACGUUGUGGUCAGCGUCAGUUGGCUGCCCCGCUGCCCACCUGGGGGCAGGUUAAAAAGUUGACUGGAGAAGGACAAAAGAUGUUAAAACGCACUGGGAAACCUGUCACAGCCGAGAACUUGUUCCUGGCCAUUUACUAGGAUGCCGGAUGCCGUUAAUGGAUUGCUUACCGGAGCUCGAUUGAUGGCCUGGGGAGAUGGAGGCAUUGCAGAUGCUCGAUGGGCCUUCAUGGCUGCACCCACUGCUGU